CUUUCAAGCGCUUCGGGCUCCCUGGGACCCGGACCGUCCGAGGCCGAGCGCUCCGGCCGUCGAGGAGCCGCCUGGGGACGCCUGCCCCGGGCUCCAGCCUUGCCCCGGACACCCUGGCCCUGCGGCCGUGCGUGACGCCAUGCGCCCUCUGCUCCUGCUGUACCUGCUGCCCUGUGUCUCUGGGCUGCCCUUCUACAACGGCUUCUACUACUCCAAGCCCAAUGGCUGGAACCUGGGCAACGGCCACGGCGAAGGCGUCUUCAACGGGGUGAGGCUGGUGGUAGAGACGCCCGAGGAGACCCUGUUCUCCUACCGAGGGGCCAAUGUGACCCUGCCGUGCCACUACCACUACGAGCCGGCCCUGCUGUCCCCGAGGCCCGUGCGCAUCAAGUGGUGGAAGCUGUCAGAGAACGGGGCCCCGGAGCAGGAUGUGCUGGUGGCCAUCGGGCUGAGGCACCGCUCCUUCGGAGACUACCGAGGCCGGGUGUGUCUGCGGCAGGACAGGGAGCGCGAAGUGUCGCUGCAGAUCGGGGACUUGCGGCCGGAGGACUACGGGCGUUACCGCUGUGAGGUCAUUGACGGGCUGGAGGACGAGAGCGGCCUGGUGGAGCUGGAGCUGCGGGGUGUGGUCUUUCCCUACCAGCACCCCCAGGGCCGCUACCUGCUCAACUUCCACGAGGCCCAGCGGGCGUGUGAGGAGCAGGACGCGGUGGUGGCCUCCUUCGAGCAGUUAUUCCGGGCCUGGGAGGAGGGCCUGGACUGGUGUAACGCGGGCUGGCUGCAGGACGCCUCGGUGCAGUACCCCGUCACGCUGGCCCGGCAGCCCUGCGGUGGCCUGGGCCUGGCGCCCGGGGUGCGCAGCUACGGCCCGCGUCACCGCCGCCUGCACCGCUAUGACGUGUUCUGCUUCUCCGCUGCCCUCAAGGGGCAGGUGUACUACCUGGACCACCCUGAGAAGCUGACGCUGGCCGAGGCCAGGGAGGCCUGCCAGGAAGAUGGCGCCCGGAUUGCCAAGGUGGGCCAGCUCUUUGCCGCCUGGAAGUUCCGUGGCCUGGACCGCUGUGAUGCCGGUUGGCUGGCAGAUGGCAGCGCCCGCUACCCUGUGGUUCACCCGCGUCCCAACUGCGGGCCCCUGGAGCCUGGCGUCCGAAGCUUCGGCUUCCCAGACCCGCGCAGCCGCAGGUACGGCGUCUACUGCUACCGCCCACGCUAGUCCCCGCGCACCUGCUGUCCGCACGGCCCGCACCCUCCCCUCUCAGGCUCUAUUUAUUGAGUGGUUCCUUGUUCCUUGCAGGUUGGGGCCAUUUUUGUGUUGCUUUUAUACUUCUCAAAUUAAAAACAAAUU